AGCACUGUUAUUACCAGAAUAUAUUUCAAUACAACACGAAAACCCUAGCACCCAAGCAAACACCUUCUAUCAGCAGCUGCAGGGGAACAGCAGCAUCACCGGCAGCCAUGGUGAAGUAUUCGAAUGAACCAGAGAACCCAACCAAAUCUUGCAAAGCUAGGGGUUCGGAUCUCAGAGCUCAUUUCAAGAAUACUAGAGAAACAGCGCAUGCCCUUAGGAAGAUGCCUUUGAACAAGGCAAAGAGCUACUUGGAGGAUGUUCUUGCCCACAAACAAGCCAUCCCCUUCACCCGCUUUUGUCGCGGGGUUGGUCGCACUGCUCAGGCGAAGAAUCGCCACUCAAAUGGACAAGGACGUUGGCCUGUCAAAUCUGCAAAGUUUAUUCUGGAUUUGCUCAAAAAUGCUGAGAGUAAUGCUGAAGUUAAAGGUUUGGAUGUGGAUUCACUUUACAUUACUCACAUCCAAGUAAACCAAGCACAGAAACAGAGGCGCCGUACAUACCGUGCUCAUGGAAGAAUCAAUCCUUAUAUGUCACAUCCUUGCCAUAUCGAGCUGGUAUUGUCUGAGAAGGAAGAAUCUGUUAAGAAAGAGCCUGAGACUCAGUUAGCCCCCAGGAAGACAAAGGCAUCUUCUUGAGCAGAGAAAGGAAUCCCUAAGUUUUGGAAGUAUAAUUUCAAUAUUCCUUUAGCCUUGGUAUCUGAGGAAUUUAGUGCUAUUUCAAACAUUUCUUCAUAGAAUUUAGUGUUUUUGUGUAAUUUUACUAUUUCGGAGCUUAAAUUGGCUUGUGCUUUUUGAGCAUGUGUAUGAGGAAAUUUGGAUUUCUAUGGUCUUGCUUUUUCUAAGAAUGAAUUGGGAUGUUAGUAGUAUUCUGA